AGGCUCGUCAGAGUACGCGCUGACGCCACGGGCCUGCCUCCUCCUCCUCCUCCUCCUCCUCCCCAUCGAGCAAGCGAGUAGAGGUCGGGCUCGUGAAGCUGCUAGGCCCGCGCCCGUCCUUGCUGUGAGCCGCGUCUCGCCAGGAGAGCAGAGGCCGCGGAGGAGGAGGCAGGGAACAGCACGUCCCGGUGGGGCCAUGUCGGGACCCACCACAGCCGCUGGCAAAAUUGUUCGGAUUUUGGACAAAAAUAUUUAUUCUAUCCUGAAUGUAACUAAAGGACCGCAUUGGGUUAUUAACAGAAAUGUUUGUAGCAGAUCUCAGGUGGUCAGUAUGCAGAGGUCAAAUCCCAGGGCUUCAGGCUUUUCCUCCCAAGUCCCAGGGUACAAGCCAACUAACUGGGACAAGAAAUUCUUGAUAUGGACAGGCCGUUUCAAGAAAGCAGAGGAUAUACCGGAAACAGUGUCGCCUGAUAUGUUAAAUGCAGCAAGGAGUAAGAUGCGUGUGAGGGUUGCCUACAUAAUGAUUGCCUUGACACUUUUGGGCUGCUUUGCUGCGGUUGUUUCAGGGAAACAGGCUGCUAGACGGCAUGAAUCCUUAACAAGCCUGAACUUCGAGAAAAAGGCUCGCUGGAGAGAGGAAAUGCCACAGAGUACCUCUGCCAAGCCAUAGGAAAACUGUUUAGAGGAGAAGACACAAAAUGAAGUAUAUCGCUUCAGUUACAGAGGAGCAAUUUGAGGAAUGGAUUAAAUACUUUUCCCUAUUUCUGUAUACCUUUCAGAAAAGGGUACAUUAUUUUGUAGCAAUCCUUCAAGCUUUCUUCAUGAAGAUGCCAUACAUCACAUAUGUGACAGACAGGCUUACCAUAAGGUGUUAGAAAUUCAUCUUGAAAAUUUUGUGGGGAUUUUAAAAAACAAGCUUGUGGUACAAGUGUCUGCACGUCCACACUUUGAUCUAGAUGUGCUGGCAUGGUUUUUAAAGCAGCAGUAAAAGAAUCUAUGUCCACUA